AUGAGUGUUAAUAAUUUAGACACAUAGUAAUAAUAAACCAGAAGUGGAUAAUCAUAGGGAACAUAUCAAACUAUUAGAUCACAUAAUAUUGAGUUACAAAUUAAAACUAAUACAAUUAUUCAACAAGAAAAUUCAUACCCAAAUGUGCCCUAAACUAGAAAAUCAGAAAAGCUAUUAUGUUCAAAAUGCAAUAUUCCUGUAGACUCUGAUAUUUCUUAUGAAAUGGGAAAAGGAAGUUACGUAGUAAUUAUUAUUUUACUUGCAUUAAUAAUUACUUCUUUUUUUGCAUUUCUCCCUUGCUUAUUGAAUAAUUGCAAAGAUGUAUAACAUAGAUGUUCAAAAUGUACUAAAUUACUAGGAACAAAAUAAUUCUUAUUUGGAUGA